AUUGUUUGUGUGACAUCUCGCACAGUGCCUUUGUUGUAAAGUACUCUGUGCAUGAAUGUUUAGCAAUGUAACGUCAAAGGUUGUCAUCUUUAAAAAAUUGAAAUUUUACGCUUGUGGAUUAAUCUAAAUUUUAUCGUGUUGAUCCCACAAAAUGGUCAUUAAGAAAAAAAAAGAACACAGCGGCGAGCCAGGCGACGUGAUCGACCUGGGCGGGCCGCGACGGCGGCGACUGCGCGCUCCCUACACGCCUAACGCGAGACUGUAUCCGGGUCUACGGGAUUCGAAGAAGAAACCUAAAGGAAGCGAUACAAAGAUCCGCCGUAAAAAGAAGAUGAGGCCGGCGAGCCAGUUGGUGCCGAACCCUCGGCUGUACCAAGCGAGGCCCCGGCGGCAGGUGGCCCCGCCGCCGCCGGCGUGGCCUGCUGUGUCGUGGACACCGCGCGCGCCCACCGCCUGUCUCGAGACCGCCUCGGGCGCCGCGCUGCGCCUUGUGGAGCGGCGCGCCGAGCUUCCGGCGCCGACGUGCUGCGCCCCCGUCGCGCACCGGCCCGCUCGCCCGCGCCCGCGCCCACGCCGCGCACGUAGGAGGGCGCAGCGUCCUAACCUUACCUAACUUGCAUCUACCACUGAUAUUGUGCCCACAAAUGUUGUAUUAAAUGACUAACGACAAACUA